AUGAUAUCAACUUCAAUUUGUUGUACAUCUGACUAUUAUUCAAGUAGUGAUAUUGAGUAUGAUGAUGUUGAUGAGGUAGUCAAAGCUGCUCCACAACAUCUUUCUUCAAUAAAAGAAACAAAUAUUAUUCUUCAAACACUUUUUCAAUAUCAUCAUUCACCGUCUUUGAUUUCUUCUACUAUUAAAUUUCAACAAUCAAUGAGAUUAUUCAAGUUAGUUCAAGAGAAUCACUUAUCUAAUGAAAUCUUCAUCCGAGCUAAUGCUAUUCUUCACAAACUUCUUCUUUCAAUAUGUACAAAUGAAAUAGAUGAAUCAAUUCUUAUUGCUUGUUUAUCGUUAGCAACAAAACUAAAUGAACAUUCUACUCAUUUGAACAUAACACUUUUCAGUAGUAAUUCAUUAAUAACGAAUGAAAACUUGAUAUGCAAUACACUUGAUUGGGAUAUUGAUAUAAUAACACCGAUCAACUAUGCUGAAGCAAUUCUAUUACAUGUGCUGAAUUAUUCCAUUCGAGAUCGUCUUCGACAAUUAACUUAUGAAUUGAUUGUGUUAUGUUUAACUGGUAAGACUAUUUCUGUGAGCACGAUUUGCUGUCCAUUGAUUACAUAA